AUGAUAACUUCCCGGGCUUUCGGCGGACCAGCUUGGCUGCUUUCGAUCGGAUUUGUCUUCCAUGCGGUUUAUCUCAUGUCAAUAUUCGAUGUGUAUUUCAUCAGUCCAGUCGUCAGAGUACCCCAGCGCUUCAGCCCUUUGGAUCCUAUUCAGGGUGAACCGCCCGCCUCACGAGUGCACGCCAAGCCCCUUGCCAGUCGGGUAGUUUUGAUUGUAGGUGAUGGCUUGAGAGCGGAUAAGUUAUUCUCCUUGUUUCCUAAUCCGCCCUUCUAUCCAUCUCUGCCUGUCCCAAUCCUGCCAGAUCUCAAGCCGAUACCGAUCUCCGAGGAGGACCGGGUCCACGGCAACCAAAUCACUCCGGCGCCUUACCUAAGGGCUCUGAUCGAGACUGGCGAAGCAAGCUGGGGAGUCAGUCAUACACGCGUCCCAACAGAGAGUAGGCCGGGUCACGUAGCCAUCAUCGCUGGAAUGUAUGAGGAUGUAAGUGCCGUCACUCGAGGCUGGAAAAUGAAUCCGGUCAACUUCGAUUCAGUCUUCAAUCAAUCUUCACACAGCUUCACCUUUGGAUCCCCAGACAUAUUACCCAUGUUUAAACAUGGUGCAUCUGAUCCCUCGCGAGUGGAUGCUUGGAGUUAUGACGAAGCUGCUGAAGACUUCACCAAAGACGCGGCCCAACUAGACAUAUGGGUACUCGAACGACUGAGACGUUUAUUAUCCGAUGCCAAGCGAGCCGGUCCAGGCAGCUCCCUCGAUCGCCAGCUCAACUCAGAUCAAGUCUUCUUCUUCUUACAUCUUCUUGGAUUAGAUACUACCGGCCACUCUUAUCGCCCUCACUCUCCGGAAUACUUCCGGAAUAUCCAAGUGGUUGAUCAAGUCGUACGAGGCACGCAAGAGCUCUUAGAAAACUUUUACGGCGACGACCGCACGGCUUUCAUUUUCACGGCCGAUCAUGGAAUGAGUAACAUUGGCAAUCACGGGGAUGGGGACCCGGACAAUACCCGCACCCCACUCGUUGCUUGGGGAAGCGGGAUCCAAAAAAGUAUGGAAGGCACUCCAUUUGUUGAUGACGGCUCUCUCAAACUUGAUCCGUACUACCAAAACUGGAACCUCAACAUGACCCAAAGAAAAGACGUGGAACAAGCUGAUAUUGCUGCCCUCAUGGCUGCCCUUGCUGGAAUCCACGUGCCUUCGAAUUCUGUGGGACGUCUACCCCUGGACUAUCUGAAUGGCUCCCGAACAGAACUCGCCAGGGCCACCUACGCCAACACCCGGGAGAUCCUGCACCAAUAUCAGACGAAGCAUGAGCUUAAGGCGUCGACAAAAUUUGCUUUCCGCUCUUUCCCUGGCUUACCGGAUCAAGAAACUUUGAACAAACCGUCCAUAUCCGAACGAUUAUUUCUUAUUCAUAGAAUGAUUAUCACUGAUCGCAAUGAUGAGGCAAUCAGGGCCUGUAGUGAGUUGCAAACUUUAGCACUACAGGGUUUGAAAUACUUGCAAAGGUACGACUGGUUCCGACUUCGCACAAUCAUCGUCAUUGGAUAUGUGGGAUGGAUGGUUUACACUGCCAUCUUUGUCCUGCGCACCUACAUCAUCUCUCCUUCACCUCGUGACCACGUAAGGUUCGGGUCGAUCUUCGGCGCUGUUGUGUUUGCGGUCACAAGUCUAUAUUUUUAUCUGGAGCACAGCCCGAUCACGUAUUAUUUAUACGUGUUCUUCCCGGCGUACUUCUGGGGUCAGAUCAUUGACGAUGUCGAUACCCUACAAGACCUCGUCGAUUGGACAUCCAGCAGCUCAUCAUCUCCGACUCGUAUUUGGGCUACCAUCUUGGCCACCUUGAUGAGUUUAGAAUUUAUGGUAUUAGGGUACUUUCAUCGAAUGGCUUGGACGAUUGGAUGGAUUGUAAUCGGCGUGAUAUGGCCUACCCUAGCGCUCUCGUCCCGAUUCAAAGAAGAAAAUCGAUCAUUACUCAAAGCGUGGGCUAUUGCUUCGAUAUUCACCAGCUUAUUUACGAUCCUACCUGUUGAGAAAGGGGAAAGUAUUCUGGUCAUCGCUAUCGGGGGUUUGGCCUUUCUGUACGCUGGAUAUAUUAUCCGUCGGAAGUAUGGCAGCCCCUCUCGAAGCCAGUUAGCCUUGAUCUCAAUCACUCUUCUGGUUACCAUUGACUCGACCAGGAGGCUUCAGCAAAAGCAGGGACUCCCACUUGUCAAUCAAGCACUCGGAUGGCUGCUUCUUGCUUCCUCUAUUCUCCCUCUCUUGCCUCGACGCUCAAAACCCUCUUGCGAAACCCAGGACUCUCUAUUGACCUCCCGAUUGGUCGAAAUCGUCUUCGCUUACGCUCCUGUUUUCAUCAUCUUAUCAUUAUCGUACGAGGCGCUUUUCUAUUUGGCCUUCGCUGGCUCGUUGUUGAUUUGGCUUGAGGUGGAGAUACAGUUGACUCGGUUCGACGAAUCUCAGGAAAAAUCUGCCAAAGAACGCGAAUCCAGAUCGGGGGUCGGGAAAUCGACCGGACCGAUUUCGAAGUUUCGAUUACACCACAGUAGAUUGAGUUUAUUUUAUCUGUUUUUUAUCCACGUCGGAUUUUUCGGGACGGGUAAUGUGGGCUCGAUCUCCUCGUUUUAUUUGGAGCCAGUCUACAGACUGGUGCCGAUCUUCAACCCAUUCUUGAUGUCAUCCUUACUACUCUUCAAGAUCUUGAUUCCUUUCCUGAUCGUCUCAUCAGUCUUUAGUACUUUGAACUUCAGAUUAGGCUUGCCAAAGUUUUCCCUGUUUGUUUCAAGCUUGACAAUCACCGAUCUGAUGAGCCUGAACUUCUUCUUCUUGGUUAAUGAUGUCGGCUCCUGGCUCGAGAUCGGUCAAUCCAUUUCCCACUUCGCUAUCUCAUCCUUGUUGUUAGUCUUCAUGAUCUUGUUGCAUUUCCUGGGCGACUUCCUUUUGCUCGAUUUGGUCUCUACUCAUCACUCUUCUAUUUCGCCAAAAUCCAAGUCCCACUGA